AUGAUUGAUAACUUAUUUUUCAUUGGCAGCAAAUACUUCGUACUGAGCAUGGCGACAGCAUGGCGGAACGAGGGCACCUCAAGAGCUCAGUGCAAUGAAGGCGCCUGCGGUCUCGGGGGGUCACGCCUCGAGGUACUCGGCCGUGGCGCGGUGCCCGCCGGCAGGCGCCUACUGGCGCGUUUGGCGCCCGGAGCGCCAUUCCAUUGUCUACAAGACUGGAACAAGCUACGAGCUCCUGAGUGUGGCUUUAUUGAUAACUUCAUCCCUGAUAGAACACCCUGCAGCAACUGGUCGAUAAUCGCGUGUUCCGCCGAAUGUGUGACCGUGGCGAUAGAGGGCGACUAUGAAGAAGAACAAUGUGAAUUAGCACAAGAACUAGCCGAAGUAACUGAACUACCACUGCGUCUAACUUAUUCUUUAAUACCAGAGCGCACAAACAGCUCGUACCUCUUAUUUGACUUCGAUAUUUUGAUGGACAGUGAUGAAACUAAUGAGCGAAUAUGGCCUGCGCCAUCUCACCCUAACUUCACCUUGCCGGAUGCCGUUUCUUUAUCAUUAGGAGAUGUUCGCAAACUACUGUGGUUUGCUCCUCAAGUUCUGAACCUCGCAUAUCGCUUCCAGCCAACAACCUCGAUGCUGCGUCGUGUUCUAGCCAAUAGCACAAAACUUGGAAUUGAGAAAGCGGCGUGUGAAGCCAUCGUCGCAUCCAACAAGACUCGUGACCUCGCCCGGUCCUGGCUCACAUGCAACGACAACUUCUGCAACGUGAAACCCAAAUUGAUCAUCUACGUGUGUGAAGCGGCAGAAAAUAAGGACAAGCGCUAUGGAACUAUCAUAAGAAUAGCACGAAACCACUGGCGAAACACGAGUAAUCGAACUUGGUUUGGUUUGGAAUACAUCGAGAUAAACUGUUCGACAACCGAUGAAGUCAAAUUCGAUUUGGAGAAAUUGAUGACAAACUACGAGUAUGUACGCUUGCGUGGUGUGGUAGCAAUGGGAUCGGGGGGAGCGUCGCCGUUGCCUGAGUUCGCUACUGACACGGUGAUGGUGCCGCUGCUGCUGGUAGCGCCGUCGCCGAGCGGCGCGGAGCUGGCCAGCGCGCGCAGCACCGCGCCGUCUGCGUCGGCGCUAGCUGCGGCGGUACGCGCGCUGAUGAGCGGCUGCGGCUGGCGGCGCGUGGCACUUCUAAGGGAAGAGGGUCGCUGCGAUGUAUGGAAGCGGUCCCUGGGAGUGGCAGAGCUGUUAAGCGAACACGACCUCAUAGUAUAUCCGGCAAUCGUGCAAGCGAACAACGCGACGGGCGCGCUUGACGCGCUGCAAGCGCACGACGCCCGCGUCGUCGUGAUAGACGCUAGUGCAGGCACGGCGAAGAAUAUUCUGGCAACAGCGGAAAAACGGGGACACACCAUGAAAGCUGGCUAUGUGUGGAUCGUCGUCGGCGCGGCGGGAAACUCCUGCGAUUCAGACUGGCUGCCCACGAAUUCAGACUUCUCGUACUUAACCGUAAGCGGUGGCUGGCGCGGCGGCCUAACGCCAAAUAGACUGCUUGGCUCGUCGACUCUACGCGACACUUUGGACAAGGCGUUCCCAUCAAGAUGGCCGCCACAUACUUCUGCGCUCGUCGACGCUAUACUGCUGGUGCUUGAAGGCACCGCGCGAUUUGAAGAGCGGUAUCCGGAGCACAGAGAUGAUCCGCAUCGCCCCGACGUAGCCCGGAAAUUCUUAGAGAUUCUCGACAGCAUUACAGUGCCGGGCGUGACUCGCGUCAUACACGCGAAUUCAACUCCUCUCGUCUUCGCACACCGCUGGACGUCGAAAGGUGUGCAGUUGGUCGCUGCGUGGGAUGGUGUGAAGAAUAUACAUAGCGAUAAAGAGCAGCUGUGCGGCGCCGUGGUCGACGGUCCCGGCUGCUACACCACCCGAUCCGGCGACUACUUCACCCCCCACUGCCACGACUUCGCAUGGGCUAUCCUAGCCUGUGCGCUGGCGUUCGGGCUCCCGUCUCUCUACGCCGCCCACGUCGCACGCCGUCGCCGUCUUCAGCGCCGAGACCGCGCCGUAGAAGAGCGCGUUUUGCUCCGCGGCGGCCACUCCGCCGCCGAAGCUGCCGCCGGCGCCGCUUUAGCUGAACACGCCGUUCCCCGUGAUGCCUUGCAAUUACUGGAUGAGUUGGGCACUGGGCAUUAUGGGGUUGUACAUCAGGCGGUGUUGCGCCGCCCAGCGAGAGCUGCGCUUGGAGUUGCUGUCAAGGCGCCACGAGCAGAUGCGCCAGCUGGUGCGGCCGCUGAACUUCUUCGCGAGGCAGCACUUCUUGCGACAUUGAAACACGACCACGUAGUGCGCUUCACAGGUGUGUGCUGGGAGGGCGGCCCCCUAGUCCUGAUGGAGCACGCGUUCUACGGCGACCUGCGGCGGUAA